AUGGAUUAUCAAGAGAUUCCAAAGGUUAAUGAAGGGAGUAAUCCAAGGGUUAAUGAUGGGAGCAAUACAGAGUCAAAGCUCAAAAGGUUGUACUUGUGUUGGAGUCCAUUAAAGAAAGCUUUUAUGAAUGCUUGCAGGCUAGUGAUAGGAGCUAAUGGAUGCCAUUCGAAGGGAUCACAUGGUGGUAUUCUUUUGACUGCUGUUGGUAUAGAUACAAACAAUUGCAUAUUUCUAUUUGCCUAUGCAAUUGUUGAGAAAGAGAAGAAGAAAACAUGGUUGUGGUUUCUAGAGCUGCUAGGACAUGAUCUGAAUAUUGUAAACUCUCAUUGUUAUACCUUCAUGAGUGAUAAACAAAAGGGUUUGAUUGAUGCAGUGGCUGAGUUGUUCCCAAAUGCUUCACACAAGUUUUGUGUGAGGCAUUUGUACGACAAUUUUAAGGGUGAACACAAGGGGUUGGUUCUAAAAGAUCUGUUGUGGAAGGCUGUAAGGGCAACAACUGUUCCUAUAUUUACCAGAGUGAUGGCAGAGAUUAAAGAAGUUGAUUGUAAGGCAUAUGAUUGUUCAAGCAUCUUGGAAGCUAGGAGUAAAUUUGUGGUUACAAUGUUAGAGAAGAUUAGGUUGUUGUUGAUGGAAAUAGUUCAAAAAAGAAGAGAUGUAUUGCAAAGACACAAUGGUCCUAUAUGUCCUGAAAAUGGAUACAGGAAGUCGGAUCUAUCAGGCAUUCCAUGUGCCCAUGUUGUGGCUGUUACAAAUUUCUUAGGCCAAGAACCAGAAAAAUAUGUUCAUCAGUAUUACAAGGUGGAGACUUAUCUGAAGAUCUAUGACAAUAUGUUGACUCCUAUUAAUGGUAGAGAAAUGUGGCCAAGAACGGAGUAUGCAAAGUUGUUGCCACCUGACGUGAAAAAGAGAGCUGGGGGGCCUAAGCAAAAUAAAAGAAAGGAGACUGAGGCACCAAUUCAAGGCACAAAGCUAGGAAGGCAGGGCACUAAAAUGACUUGUAAUAGUUGUGGGAAAGUGGGACACAACAGGAGAAGUUGCAAGGUCAAGGGCAGAUUCAACUACAUGCAAGAAAGCCAAGCUCAGGGGAGCCAAACUGAAUCAAGCCAACCUCAGAGCCAAUUAACUGCAGAAACACUUGAUGUCAAGAGACACAUGAGACAGAAGAAACUGGCUGUUAAAAGGAGAGUGGUACAAGGAAGUCAAUCAACUCCAUCUCCAAUGAGUUCAACAAGCACACCAAAGGAAGGUCAAAUGAUGUGGAGAGGCAAGCUAGUGUACAAUGCUAGCGGCAUUAAAUCAGCAUCCACUGGACAGAAAGAGGGAGUGCCCACUUGA